AUGUUCAAGACCCUCGCUCUCGCUGCCGCCGUCGUUUCGGCUGUCUCGGCUGCAGUCCUCCCUCGCGCCACCAUCGCGACCACCAUCGGUGCUGUUCAGACUGGCGGCUACGCCACCUACUACUACCAGUACGGCGGCUACGGCGCCUGCGGCAACAUCAACCCCGACAGCGCGAUCAUCGUCGCUCUCCAAUCGCAGCGCUACGACUCGUCCUAUUGCGGACAGACCGUCUCCCUCACCAACCUCAACAACGGCAUCUCCAUCAACGCCGUCAUCGCCGACAACUGCCCCGGAUGCGGCGGCAACGCCAACUCGCUUGACCUCUCGGUCGGCGCCUGGACCGCCAUUGGCAGGUCCGAGGCGGACGGCUCGCAGGUCCCCAUCAGCUGGACGCUCAUCAACUAA